AUGACAAAACGGUUUGAAAAUAAGGUCGCUAUCGUUACUGGUGGGUCUUUUGAAGUUAAAUAUUGUGUUUAGUUGUUAUAUUCUUUGUAGGUUCUUCGAAUGGAAUCGGCAGAGCUGUCGCAGUCCUUUUUGCUUCUGAAGGCGCUAAAGUGACCAUUCAUGGAAGGAAUGAGGAAUCCAUCAAGGUAUAUAUCAAAUAUUCGAAACCCAUUUCUUAUUUUUUAAAGGCGCAUAGUUGGAUUUGAUAAAGGUCCCAAGUGGAAGAGUCGUUAACAAUGAUCAUUCAAGAAUUAUGUUCCUUCAAAAGGCUCGGAAAAAGUUUCUGUUUGUUUCAUUAUUCGACAGACCUCUGGCUUCUGAAACAUGAGUUACUAUAUUUGUUUCAGAACUUUUUUGAUAAUUUGUGAGUUAUUCGAAGCUUUUCGAUGAUGAAGGAAAGGAUGCCGCUUCAGGACCUGUUUUUUUUUUUUUUGAUCAGAGAAACCUUUUUGGCUUUCUUUGGCUUGAUAGAAACGUAUACUUUCGUUAGAAUUUCAGUUUUCUUUUCAGGAAACCCAAAAAGAGCUUCACGAUGCGGGGGUCAAAGAGUCCGAUGUCCUCGUGGUGAGGGGCGAUAUCCGAGAGGAAAAAGUUCAGAAAAGCCUUGUGGAAGAGACUGUUGCCAAGUUCGGCAAGAUCAAUAUUUUGGUACCUUUUUGAUGACUCUCAUUUACAGUUCAAUUUGUUUCAUUCCAGGUUAACAACGCCGGAGGUCUCCCGGAAAUGUCCCCACGCCACGGUUUUGAUCAGACUAACGAGGAAUGGGACUACACGAUUGACCUCAAUGUGAAAUCGUGAGUUUUUUUUCUUCAUUUUUUAUAAAAUAAUAGAAGGGUUGAGGGUGCUCAAUUUGACCAAACUCGCAAUUUCUCAUCUAAUUUCGGCCAAGGGCGAAAUCGUCAACAUCAGCAGCAUUGCUUCGCUUCCUGUUUCGGUAAUUCUUUCUAAUUUUUUUUUCUGGGAAUCUUCCGAUUGAAAAACAGUACUUUCUGAAGGAGAAUGUGAGGUCUGAGAAAAGGGAAGAAAAACUUGAUAUAGUCUGUGUGCAACGACUUGAAAUUUCACGGAACGACAUUCCGCUGUUCCGCUGCGCGCGUUCGCGAAGCGUCUUUUGAAUUUGGCUCACGCUUUCAAUUGAUUUUUCUUGCUGUAGAAGCACAUGAGAGUAGAGUACCUUAAUAAAAAGAUUAAAAAGCGCGACCAAGGUUCGCAAAAAGCGCGCAGCGGCACACCGGAAUGUCGUUCCGUGAAACUUCAAGUCGUGGCACACAGACUAUAAAAGCAGAAAUUACAUUAUUAUCUUAAAAAAAGUUCAGUUUUGAAGCAAAAAUUUUUGAAUAAUUGUAUCAGGUUUCAAUAAAAUUCCAAAAGACAGAACUUCAUAUUAAUAUCCAAUUUUCCGUGAAAAAUGGAAAAGACAGGGAAGUUUUUUGUUCAGGUUCUAGGAUGAAUGUUCUAAAACUAAUUGCAUUAAUAAAUUUUUGAAAUAAUUGACUUUGGAACGCUAGAUUGGCCCCUAGAGUGGCAACUUUCAAAUCAGAACUUCGCUAUAGGGACCACUCAAGCAUUAGGGGCUAAGGAGUCAGAGCCUGAAUUCCUGUAGGGAGUACCUCAAUUUUAGUCUAUAUCAAGCGCUAUUUUUUCCCAAAACUCUCUCGUGACAACUCUGGCGGUUUUAAGAAGAGUUAAAUUUUGAAAUUUCUCAAUAAUUCAAUAUUCGUCUCAAACUUGGUGUUUGAAAACAACUCUUCCGAUUCAUUCAGAUGGCUUCUUCCCCUUAUUAUUCGGCUGCAAAGGCGGCCUUGGAUCAACUGACUCGCGCCCUGGCAGCUCGUUACAUUCAUAAUGGAGUCCGGGUCAACAGUGUGAAGUGAUAAAGGAUUUUCAGAGCCUAUUUCAAAAACAAUAUUUCAGCCCUGGAGUCGUUCAGACCAAAAUCAUGGCCAAGCAGGGCAUCAGCGACGAACUUUAUAAUGAGGUUUGUUUGGAGUUUGAAAGGGAACUUCUAGGCGACGUAUGAAUUUCUGCUGAAUAAUGCAAUGAUUGGAGAGUUGUUGGUCCGCGAAACUGUCGUUGGUCAAGAACUGCGCGUUGAACACCUUAGACGAGUUUCUUCUCCAUGCAAACAUUCUUCUUCUUCUUCUUCGUACGCCUUUAUACCGCUUGAGUGGCGUCGGCGCCCCAAGUCGAUUAGCCGAGGUCCUAUCCUGAUGAUCAGUGGACUGGCUCCAGUGACAUAUCCGUCCUUGUAUGGCUGGGGAUUAUGAAGCCGUGGUUUCCCACUACAAAUUGUUCUUAAACCUCGUGGUUGGGUCGAGGCGGGGAUCGAACUUGUGACCCUGUGGACCGUAGACAGGCACACAACCUGUUGCGCUACUAACAUUGAUUGUACAAAACGAAAAAAUUGUAGAUCAACCAGAAGAUGCUUCAAAACCGGCACAACAUCCCGGCCGGCAUCGUCGGCACCCCGAAGAACAUCGCCGACGCCGUCGCCUUCCUCGCCGACCGGGACUCUUCCUCUUACAUCGUUGGCCACUGCCUCGUCAUCGACGGCGGCACAACUCUCAACGUUCCUCUUUUCAACUCCUUCGAACCAGAAAACUAUGACUACGCUUUGAAAGAGUAG